AUUUUCCCACUCGCGCACCCAAUCAUGUGGUACAAAAUAAUACUGAAUGUACAAGGAUAAUAUUAGUAGACUCUCAUCUGUAUUCAAACGUGUUUCUAACCUAUUAGAAGUUAAAAACAACGGCAAUCAAGAUGAGGCUCUUAAACAAUAUUGGAUGCCUGACAGGAAUUGUAAAGAAUGCUAUGAAUGUAAUGAACUAUUUACAACUUUUAGGAGAAAACAUCAUUGUAGAAUAUGUGGGCAAAUAUUCUGUAGUAGAUGCUGUCAUUUAGAAAUAUCUGGAAAACCUUUCGGCCAUACAGGUACAUUAAGGGCGUGCAAUUAUUGCUGUGCAUUUGUAAUGAAAUACUCUUCGACCCUCUUUCCCAAGGGUAAUAAUGAUUUGACCCUGACAGCAGCUUCCUCUUAUAACAAUAUAGCAGAGGGAGAUGCUGCUAAUUUAAAAACAAUUACUAACCAUGAUGAUAAUAAGAUAAUUCAGGUUAGAGAUUUAAAUAAACAAAAUUCCCUUUUUAUGCCUACAUUCACAAACUCAUCCUCUUCUCGGCUAUCAUCAUCACUUGCUGACCUACAAUCAAGUCUUAGACUCAACUCAGCAUCUCCCAUACCGCCAGUAAACAUAUUUAACUCAGCCUUACGAGUUCCGACCUCCUCGUCCGAAUUAUAUUCUCGCGACUCCUUCAAUCGAAUCGAGGAUGUCAUCAGUGAAAGGGACAGUAAUUCUCUAUACAGUAUCUCCAAUUGCAAAGAGAGCGGAAGUUACAGUGAAAGAUCCCUGAAUUCGGAUUACAGGCUGGAAUACAUAUCAAAUGCCAUGGCCGACCCAUUGACCGAAGGUAGCUACCCGUCCUACCCUCCUUUCAAUGAAUCGGAAUAUUUCAUGAUCUCCUCCCCUAACCGCGCUUCAGAUCAAAACGAUUCGUCCAAUUUCGAGUUCGAAUUCGAUAAUCCGGAAAUUGAGGACCCGAUCGACCAAAUAAAGAUAAACUUGACCAAUCCGCUUAAUAACUCCGCCGUUAACAACGCCGUCACAUUUUCAUCAUCGCCAUCUUUGAGAGAAUCCUUAAACUUCGAUACCGUGUUGAUAGAUGAUUCAACUUUAGAAUUUCCGGUUAUCCCGCCAAAAGCGCCCGAUAAUUCGUGCUCCAAUUUUAUAAUCUACCUAUCCUCCGUAUACAAAAACAUGAUGCACCCCGCCAACGGACUCAAGCUUAAAUCAAACCGGAUGCAUUUCAAAUCGUUUCCUAACACUUUAACUGGUUUUCAAAUAAUCGAUUGGAUCGCUAGUCACCAUCGCGAAAUAGGAUCGAAGCUGCAAGCUUGCGCCGUAGCCAAAGCCCUAAUCGAUUUUGAUUACCUGACCCCCGCGAACUACAACAAUUCGAAUCUUAGUUCUUACGCGGGCGAGAAGCCGCCGCCCCCCUUCCACGAAAAACUGGAAUUUCGGGAGAACGAUCUUUAUAGGCCCGGCUUAGCCACGGUUAAGGGCAUUAAACUCAUAAAACCUUCCGACCUCGAGCUUUACACUCUUCGAAAUCCUAUAUUGCUCACUAUAGACCUUUCUUCAGUUUCUACUACGAAUUUGAAUAAAUUGAAAGAAGUAAAAUUGAACGAUUCUACCCAAAUGAUGUCUUUCAAAUCUUUGAUGUCACUCAAGGAUAUCGAAGAUAAGGCAAUACAUUUGGAUAAAAACGCCAAUCAGGUUAUAGAACACGAUCAGGUGGAGUCAAUAAAUCUCGAAUACAAUAACGCCGAAUAUAAACGUCGUUGCGAGACGUCUCUCUUAACUAAUGGCCUUCAUAUCGAAUCGAUAACGCGUAACCAUCUGUGGGAAAUUUUGAGUCAAUGCUUAGCUUUGGCGACCUUACAAAACCCCGAGGUCACAACCCUCGACCGCGUCGAUAUGGCCAGGCGAAUUUAUUCACUAAGCGAUUCUAUCUCGUCGCUUGUACGGAUAGAUAAUAAUUAUCACAACAGCCACAACGAUGAAUCUCCCAGCAUCGAUAUACGCGACAGGGUCAAGGUCAAACGUUUACCCUCUUCAAGAGGAAAAGUAUUCGAAACGUCUAAGGGAGAGUUCGCUAGCGGCGAAGGGGAAGAAAUCGCUUUAUUCCCGGGUCUGGUUUUCACGCACAAUCUCGUUUACAAAGGUAUGCUGGCCAGGUGUAGGGCCGGUUCAAAUAACCCCAUCAACUCCUCAACUAACGGCGGCGAGACGUUGUUGGAACUCAUGCAGCCCAGCCUACUAAUGUUGCGAGGGCCGAUAGAAUACCAGAGAGGGGGAGGGAUCGAGAAGGUGACUUCGUCCCUGGAAUUAAGACGACUGAGUUCCUUGGAGCCUAUCAUCAUGCAAGAGAAGGAAUACCUCAAAAAUGUGGUGGCUAAGAUAGGCUCUCUUAAACCCGAUCUAGUUAUCGUCCAAAACAUGGUGAGUCACACUGCCCGCGAACUUUUUGCCGAAGCUGGCAUCCCAUUGCUUCACAGCUUGAGCAAGGGUAAACUAUUUCAAAAUCUGGCCUGCCUCACCGGGGCCGAUAUUAUCCCGCCUUUUCUCGAAGGAGGACAGAUGACUAUGCUCAAACCCAGACUCGGUCUGUGCAAAUGUUUUCGGUUGGAGAAACGGACCAACAAAGUAAUAGUGUUCGUCGAGGCUUGCCCAGUCCUAAUCUCUCAUAGCGUGAAUAGCGGAGAAGUUAAGUCUAACCACCUUUUGGAUUAUUGCACCGUUUUGCUGAAAAGCCCCCGAGCGCUCCGUGUAGCUCCUGCCUUGAAACGAAUUAUCAAAUUUGCCAUUUUUUCUGCUCGCCACCUUAGUAUUCUUCGAUCCUUCCUAAACUUUCACGCGUCUUCAAACGCUUUAGUGAAUUCCAAGUUUAUCUUUGAGUCAAUAGCCUCCUCCUAUCCCAAGAUAAUAAGUUACGCGCCAGAACAAGAUAUUGAUAGUAUACGCGAGAGCGAGACGCGCUUUAAGAGCCUGAUGCUAUUAAAGAGCUCUCUUUUUUCGCUACCGUCUUCUUACAAUUUUAAUGAAAUGCGUCGGGUAGAGGAGUACGAACAGCUACUUGAUAAUCUGGUGUUAUGCAUUACUCCAGGAAUCAAAUUUUCAGUUCCUCUUCUUGAGUUACCGGAAACGGAUACCGAUCAGCUAAACCUAUUGAGUUUGCUUCCGCGUGACUUGUAUUACUCCCCUCCUUUCGCAUCAGAAUGUUGCGACAACAAAACCGAUUCGAAUUCAAGCGUUAUAUCCAAUGAAAGCUCUUCAUCGCGUAAAGAUACGCUCACAACAUCACUCAAUCAAUUUACCUGUUCUACCGAUGAUGAUGACUUUAUCGCCGCGUUUCGUUAUGGCGAUCUCGACAAUACCAUUCCAUCUCCACCUAUUGCCUCCUCGCCUUGUGAAGAAGAUGACGAAAAACGGGAGGAGCAAUCGGAAUCCGCCCCAAGAAUCGAUUGUUUCGACACAUUUCACCUUCAAAUUCUUCGAUUUCUUUUCUACAGUUUUGCGUCACGUGGUUCUAUUCAGCCAACAACCCGUCCCUCCUCAUCCUCUCAUUCAGGCGACUAUUGCAUCGCUCCCCGCUUGGUGACCGCCCAUUUUUACGGAGCCCAUGAUGUUAGUUUGCGUAACUUUCUUCGACGUUUUUGCUUUGAUCCUGAUUAUGCCUGUCCUAGUCCACGUCCUUGCAAGGCCUGUCCAGCUGACCAUGUGCGAAGAUUUGUGCAUGGGUCUGUUCGCAUAGAUAUAUCCCUUUUAAAAACGAUAACGUUGAGCAGCUCUUCUAAUAUCAGCCACUGGAUUGCUUGUCGAGAUUGUGGGGCACGUAUAGCUUCUUCCCCAUUUUAUAACGCGAACGCGUUGGGAUUGUCUUUUGCCGCCUUUCUUGAGGCUCUUUUUUAUGAUGACCCUCUGUUCAAACCAAUAACCACUUGUCAAAUUCUUGGUUGCCCUUCCACUAAACGUGCCAAAAUUUUCUCGGCGUUGCCCGUUCAUUACUUUGGUAUGGGAGAGGUGACUGCCUCCUUCACAGUCAAAUCUAUUACCCUAGGUCGCAUAGUUUUUCCGCCCUCACCACUGCGCUACAAUCUUGACUACGACCAGAUUGUGUGCCAUUUAUCGCACGAAUUUCAAAACCUCACCGAAGUAGGCCAAAGCUCUUUCGGCGCUGUGUUAGAUAGGCUUCAACUAUAUAGCGUGGACGCGAAAGCAUUAGGUGCUCCCGUCGUUUCUUCGAUAAGCGAUUUGUCUCUCAUCGCCAAGGUCGACGAAUACGUUGAUGCCCUCGAGAAAGAUAGGAUAACUUUUAAUGAUUCUAUCCAUCGUUUCCAGUUGGCACUGAUGCAGAUGCCCGAGAAAACUCGUUCCCUUAUCGCUUCCACUAGAGGAGAGCUAAUAGUAAACAAUGAUAAUAUAUUGAUGACCGUCGAAAACUAUUUAGGUGAAACGAAAUCUUUGCUAUCCAGUUUCGUGUAUUAUUGGAAUCUGCACAUGAGCGAAAUAUUUCUCACGUUGAAGAACGAAAAAAAUAUUAAAAUCGAGAAAACAUCCGAAUCACACGACAAACCUAAGGACAAAAUGGAAGGGAAGGAACGCUUGAACGCCUCCGCGACCAUCAUACCAUCUAUAAGUCAUCAAAUCGAAGAUGCCGAUCAUGUCAACCCAUUUAAAACUUCCCUAGUCAAAGAGGACUGCAACGAUGAUAAUCAGGAUUGCAAAGAUAAAACGACGUUAGUGGAUGGAAACAGGGAUUCGAAUCGCAAGGAAACCAACUUCACUGUCAAUUUGAAAAAUAAAUUCGCCUCCUUUUUAACUAAUUCCGUCUACGAGCCCAUUAAUGCGCCCUUUUCUCAGUUCGAACAUUUGAAUUUACCCUUUAACGGGAAUGACCACCUGAGAGUUAACGUGUCCGAGGAGAUACCUAGCUCUAUAAUCGCGUACUCUCUUUCCACGCUUGAACACGACGCGAGAGUCAAAGAGAAAACACGGAAUAGUCGGGAAGUAAUUAAUAAGUCCGUGGCUAAUACCGCUAGUACUGAGGCGCACGAAAAACAAACAUUGACGAUGGACUCCGCUUUUGUUAGCAAGGACGCCAAUAACGCGUCCGAUAAAAUCGAAGAAAGCGUUACCAAUAGCAGAGAAAAGGAUGGGGCGGAGAAGCCUAAAAACGAUCAUCACUUGGAAAUGCAUUUCAACGACAGCAUAACAUCUGCCAAGUUUUACUGCAAAAUAUAUUUCGCUUCCAAUUUUUCUCGUUUACGUUCGGUACUUUUCCCGUCGGGGGAAAUUCUCUUUUGCCGUUCCCUUUCGCAGUCGGCUAAAUGGUUGUCCGGGGGCGGUAAAUCUGGGUCUAGUUUUAGCAAGACGCGGGACGGGCGUUUUUUGUUGAAGCAAAUGUCCCGCCUAGAACUCCAAUCCUUUUUAGAUUUCGCGCCUUACUAUUUUAACUAUGUUCACGAUUGCAUUCCCUGUUCGCCGGUCGCCUACGACAAGACCUACAUUAAGGAUAGCGGGUUCGGGAGCAACGGGAUUAAGAUAAUCUCCUUGGCCAAAAUCGUGGGCGCCUACCGGGUUUCCUGUAAAAAUUCUUCGAACAACACUUCCUUUAAACAGGACGUCAUAGUGAUGGAAAACCUAUUUUACGACACUUCCAAUAUACAGUACGUAUUCGACCUGAAAGGCUCCAUGCGAAAUCGAUUGGUUAACGUCGACGCGAACAACGAGCCCGAAGAAAGGGGCGGCGGCAAGGACGGAUCCUCCAGCAAACGCGAUACGGGAGAAAACCAGAAUAUCGUUACGAAUACUCCACAAUUUACCAUUCCCUCCUCCUCCGGUGUUCGGGGCCUUAAAAUUGUUACCGGUAAACCCAACGAGCCUCCCACGAAAAACGAAAAAAAUUCGCAAGAUUCUAAAGUCGCAAAGUCGUUAAAUUUCAACGAAACCAACGACGACAUUAAGCCCUCUUCGAUAGUAUUAUUGGACGAAAAUUUCAUACGCCUCACCCUGGAUUCCCCGUUGUACGUCCACGCACAUUCCAAACUGAUCCUCAUGACAAUUCUAGAGCGGGAUACCGCGUUUCUUGCUCAACAUAAAAUCAUGGAUUAUUCGCUGUUGGUGGCCUGGGACUCUUACCACAAGAAUUACGUCGUUGGCAUUAUCGAUUACAUUCGUACGUUCACGUGGGACAAACGUCUAGAAAUGGUCGUCAAAAAAUCGGGAAUCCUGGGGGGUCAGGGCAAAAUGCCGACCAUCGUCUCGCCUUCUACUUACCGCCACCGCUUUUUGGAAGCCAUGAAAAGUUAUUUCUUGGUCGUUCCGGACCAUUGGUUCGGCUUAUCGAAUUACGCCAAUAUUUAAAAUUCGUUUAUUAUUAUUAUUUAAUUUAUUUAUUAUUUAUUUAUUAUUAUUUAAUUUAUUUGUUAUUUAUUUAUUUAAAAAAAUGGAUGAACUCAUAGUAUUUAUACAA